AUGCACAGGGGUGCUGCGCUCGCGCACGACACGCGGUACGACCGCACGCAGGUCUACGACGCGCUCUACUCGCGAGGCUACCAAGUGCAGUCGCUCAACUACUCACAGUCGAGGCUGCUGCUUCCCGCAGUCGGCCAGCUGGUCCUCAACCAGUCAGGCUCCUCAGAGCCACUGCGGACUGCGCUCGACGUCGGGUGCUCUCACGGUUUCGCGGUGUCGAAGCUGUGGGAGAUGGGCCUGCAUGCAUCCGGAGUCGACCUCAGCGGCGUCGCCGUCUCGAUUGCCCGCAAGGCGCGGCAGGAUGCAUUGGAGCGAUGCGUGCCUCCGCUGCCGGGACGGCCUGCCUCCUGCUUCCUGCAGGGGAGCGUCGCCGACUUGCCGUGGCCCAGCCGCGCCUUUGACGUGACGAUGAGCAGCGACGUGCUCGAGCAUGUGCCUCCAGAGAAGCCGUCCCUCAAGGCGUUGGAGGAGGAGAUCGGGAGACACAUCCAACUGCACGAGACCGUCAAGCACACACCCUUCUGGAUUGACAAGUUCAGCAGGCACGGCUUUUACCUUCGAAGCCGAAUCCGAACGCCGGGCCACCUGUGUUGCGCCUUUGUGCUGCAGGCAAAUGACUCUCUCCUGUCAUCCUAA